GCAGAGCUAAGCCGUGCACAACUCGGCCGAAGUGUCUGAAAUUCGCGGCUUCCGAGUGAACAUCUUUCCACCAUAGAAAAAGACACCAACGGAGAUGCUUUGUGGGUUUGGUGUUAUCCGUCCGUAACAGCUGAACUGAGGACUCUGUUGCUUCGAAAGUGUUGCCUUACAGAUGAAAACAAAUUGCUCCAUACGUUUGUGUUUGGCCAGUAUAAAAGGUCUUGGUUCUACAUCACAACGGUAGAAGUUCAAGAUUCUCCAGCUUUGAAAAAGGUGACCCACUUCUCCAUUGUGCUGACUGCCCAAGACUUCAACCCAGAGAAGUAUGCAGCCUUCACCAGGAUCCUCUGUAGAAUCUACUUGAAGCAUGGAAGUCCAGUUAAAAUGAUGGAGAGUUACAUUGCAGUCCUUACAAAAGGCAUCUGCCAAAGUGAGGAGAAUGGAUCCUUCCUCAGCAAGGACUUUGAUGCUCGGAAGGCUUACCUUGCUGGCUCCAUCAAAGAUAUAGUGUCUCAGUUUGGAAUGGAAACAGUUAUUUUAUAUACUGCAUUGAUGUUAAAGAAGAGAAUUGUAGUGUACCACCCUAGAAUAGAAGCUAUCCAGGAAUUUACCAGGACUUUGCCUGCUUUAGUGUGGCAUCGACAAGACUGGUCAAUUCUUCAUUCAUAUGUGCAUCUAAAUGAGGAGGAAUUGGAAGCCUUAAAAGCUUGUACAGGUUACAUCGCUGGAUUUACAGACUCUGAAGUGAGCAGUAGAUCAGACCUCUAUGACGUGUAUGUGAAUUUGGCAGACAGUGAAAUUACAGUUUCACCUGUAGUAAAAGAGGCAAUGACAAUGGGAAAACUUCACAAAGAAAUCGGACAACUAAUUGUUCAAUCUGCAGAAGAUCCAGAUAAAUCAGACAGCCAAGUCAUUAAGGACAUUUCUCUGAAGACAAAAGAAAUCUUGGCUACUUUAGCCUCACUUACUGAAGUUUCUGAUGGCAAUGAAAAACCAACCCUUAAUGCUGAGGCCCUAAAACAAAAGCGAUUUCCACCAGCCACAGAAAACUUCCUUUUUCAUUUAGCAGCUGCUGAACAAAUGCUCAAAAUCUGAUUUUGAUGCACUGCAGUGUUAUGGACCAAUUCUGAAAAAGUUGUCUCUGCCACCCAGAUAGGUAUACCUGGUAUUUUAUGUGAAAAACUAAAGGUGUGAGUCAAUGUCCUAGUUACCAUGAUGUAAUGCAGAAUAUUGGAGCUUGACUGGGAACAUAUGGAGACAUAUUUGGGAACAUUCCUGGUGUUAUUAUCUCCCCCCAACUAUUAAAAGUGUACCUAUGGCUCCUGUAUUUCACACCACAAAGUGAAUGGAUGUGUAAGUAGCACAGGCCAGUGUGUCCAGGCUGUGGCAGAUAUCAGUGUAGUGUCUGUUUGUCCUGCACAUCUCAGAGGCUGGACAGCUCUGACUUGUCUGCCUGGGGUCUGGAACACGGCUGCUGUGAACCCAGCACAGCUGGGUUGUGCUGAUCUCUGCAUGUUCAGGGACACCCUGAACAUGCAGCUGCUCUGAGUGUUCCUGCUGGGCUUCCAGGGAUGUCAGCCUGUCAGAUGCUGCUCUUGCUCUGGACUGCCUGAUAACCUGGAAAUCCCAAAUAAAUGGACAAGUUCUCUCUUUCUACUUGAAAGUGUCUAGGUGUGAAUAAAGGAUGUCUGAGAAAAUCUGAUGUGGUAGCCUUAGUAUGAAAAGGAAGGGAUAUUUUGAAGCUCAGGUGUGAGUUGAGCACCUCUUUUGGACUCUUGCCUUAGAGGUUUCCCGCCUUUCACUCCUUCCCAUCUCUCUGAUGGAGGGAUAAGACACAGGAUUACUGUGCUUGAAGUGGGGCUUCCUAGGGGGGUCGUGGAC